AUGACCAUGGGUUCGUCAGAGGAGUUGAGAAAGCAAGGAAACCGGCUCUACUUUAGCGUAGAAACUCCGCCCGAAAGCGAAGCUGACCGGGCGCGUCUGGAGGACGCCAUCAAGCUCUACAACCGGGCGCUCUCGGCGGCCCGGGGCUUGCAGGACUAUCUAUCAGCGCUAAAGAACUUGGGGAUGGCCCAUCUGAAGAUCUCUGCGUAUCCUUCGCUCUCCUCGAAGAUGGUCAUUUAUCAUCUUGAACAGAGCGCAUUUCCGUUUGCGAAGGCACUGGACGCCACGGAAGGUCAGCCGGCAAGCGCGUGGGUUGCGGACUUGAAGUCCCGGGUUCAGGAGGCCACCACGAGCUCGCUGGGCACCAUCAGGGACUUGGAGGACUACAGGGACAAGGAGACUGCUUUGCUGAGGCUUUGCGAGGUGGUGCAUCGCGGUCAGAAGUCCAUCGUGUUCUUCGAGAUGGGGAACCUUUACUACGGCGUGGGGGUCGUCGCCCGAGACGCUCGAGAUUUCAAGAAAUGCCUUUCUGCAUUCGAGGACUGCAGAUUUCCAUACGCGGAAGCCCUGCGCUACCUCCCUCACGCGUUUUCAAAUGACGACAAACUGAACAGUGAAAUUGAAGAGCAAAUGAUGACACUCGAUGUUAAUCUCUCGAUAGCCCAGGCGAUGCAGGCGAUCUAUAUCGGCGAGGAACUCCAGAAGAAGGCCGUGUAUGAUGAGGAAACAACGGACGUGGAGCUACUGUGGGACUCUGCGGACUGGUUCACGAAGGCAAUCCUCUGCUCCCGGGACCGAGAUCUCGAGAACGAAGCCAUCGCCUCUUCCAAGCUGGGAUUGAUAUUCAUUCAGCUUCUGAACCUUAAAGAGAAAGGGUACAAAUUGCUGGAAUACGCAUUGCAACUGACCGAGGCCCUGAAACCGAGGUCGUUCGUCACCCAACCCUGGCACCAGGAGUGCGUCAAGGCGAUGAGCGACUACCAGCAGAAGCGCCAGGCGGAAGAGGAUGCCAAAUUGGCCAAGGAGCGGGCCCCCUACAUUGAGAAGCUGAAGGACCUCCUCCAGGUCGUGAAGGAGGCGGCUGACGACUCCCCGUACAAGCUGCUUCGCCACGUCUAUUCGAAGCAUCCCCCGAAGAAGGGGAAGCUGAAGGAUCCCCUCGAUGCAUCCACGCUGAAGAAGAGGCUGAAGAAGGCGCUGGUUCAUUACCACCCGGACAAAAACACAGUGACGGAGCACGGGAUGGAGUGGUUCGUCCUGUGCGAAGAAAUCUAUAAGUACUUGUCGGUGAAGUACACCAUACAGAAGGCGUGA